UUUACGAAUACACUAUGCAAAAUCAACGUGCCUCUCCUCCUUUUAAAUACACAAAGAAAACACCACAAGAAGCAACCGAUAGAAAUAAGAAGAAAAAAAAUACUAUAGAGAGAAAAAAGAGUGAAAAAUAUGCAUAGGUUUAGCAACACAGUGAUAGGUGUCUUAAACUUGUUAACACUUUUAGCAUCUAUACCAAUAAUUGGAGCAGGACUAUGGAUGGCAAGAAGUAGCACAACAUGUGCAAAUUUUCUCCAAACACCACUUCUUGUAAUAGGUUUUAUUGUGCUUGUGAUAUCAUUAGCUGGAUUCAUUGGUGCUUGUUUUCAUGUGGCAUGUGCACUAUGGUUGUAUUUGGUGAUUAUGUUGUUCCUAAUAAUAGCACUAUUGGGUUUGACUAUAUUUGGUUUUGGUGUGACCAGUCAAGGUGGUGGUGUGGAAGUGGCUGGUAGAAAUUAUUAUGAGUAUCGUCUAAUGGAUUAUUCACCAUGGUUGAAGAAAAGAAUACAAAAUCCUCGUUAUUGGAAUACUAUUAGGAAUUGUAUUUUGGGGUCUAAAACUUGUGACAAACUUGCUUCUUGGACACCUUUGGAUUAUAUGCAAGGGGAUUUGACUCCAAUUCAGUCUGGAUGUUGUAAACCACCAACUGCUUGCAAGUACAACAUGGACUCAGUGAUGAUGACACAAGAUUCUGAUUGCUACAAAUGGAACAAUGCUCCAACAUUGUUAUGCUAUGAGUGUGAUUCUUGCAAAGCUGGUGUACUUGAAGACAUGAGAAGAAAUUGGCAUAAGCUAUCUGUUCUCACUGUUACAAUGCUUAUUCUUCUCAUUGGGAUUUAUUGCAUUGGUUGCUGUGCUUUCAGAAAUGCAAGAAGAGCUGAAACGGAUUAUCCAUAUGGUGAAAACCGGAUGACUAAAGUCCGACCCAGAUGGGAUUAUCAUUGGUGGAGAUGGUUGCAUGACAGAAAAGAACAGCUUUAUUAGCUCUAUUAUCCAUGGAUGUGAUGUGACAAUUCAAUCACAGUUUCAGUUUAUGGUAUUGGACAUACAUAGUCAUAGAUGCUCUCAAUGUCUUUCUUUCUUACUUCAUUGUCUGCUUUUUUGUACAAAACUUCAUUUUGCUUUAUCUCAAAUUUCAUGCUAGACACUUGCUUUAUUAAUUUUGCCUUUUCCUCAUUAUAGUAGUUUUUUUCCCUUCCAUUUUAAUACAUAAAGUAGGGUGAAUUAUGCAUUGCUCAUUGGAAAUAAUAAAAUUCGCUACCUAA